AUGAGCGAUUCCUCUUCUGGAAAUUCCACAGUACAAGUUGCUCUGCGAAUAAGGCCUUUAACAGGAGAAGAAUUAAUCACAAUACCCACAAAAUCUCAAAGAAAAGUAUUAUCGACACCACCUUUCAAACCAAACCAAGUCAUAAUACAAGGCGAAAAGAAACAAUUCUUCACGUUUGAUCAUGUCUUCAAUGAUAAUUCAUCACAAAAAGAUGUCUACGAUCAUUCAGUUAGGAGUAAGAUGGAUAGUUUUUUAGAAGGCUACAAUGUAACUAUAUUAACAUUCGGUCAAUCUUCAUCCGGAAAAACUUAUACAAUGGGUUUAAAAAUAAUUGAUUUACUUAAUGAUGAGAAAAUAAUUAAAGAAGAAUCGAAUGAAGACAUAUCAUCAGAUAAUGGUGGUAACAACAAUAAAGAUGAUCAUGGUGCAAAUAACGAACGUUCAAAAUUCGAGAAAAAUAAAAUUAAAGAAAUUAAAGUUGAUAAUGUUGGAGAAAUAAUGAGUUUAUUAUCGAAUGGAAGACUGAAUAGUAAAAUGAAUCAAAAAGAUAUACUUAUUCAUCCAUCAAGAUCACAUACUGUAUUCUCCAUCACGUUAACUCAACAAAAAUUAAUUCCUAAAUCUUCUUCCUCCUCAUUCUCAUCAUUAUCGUCAAACAUUUCAGAAACUUUCAAAAUUUUCAAAUCAAAAUCAAGAGAAGAUUUAAAAUCAUUAAAUCAUAAAAAUUCUUUUGAAGGCGAUUGGGUUUCUGUCACAAGUAAAUUUCAAUUUGUUGAUUUAGCAACAAAUCAUUUAGUAAGAAAAAGCGAAAUAAUUCCUUCUUCCAAUGACAUUAUCUCGCUAAAUCACUUGAUUCGCUCAAUUAGUGGAUCUACAAAUCAAGAAAAUAACAAUAUACACGAUUCUGACGAUUUGUAUUAUGAUAAAAAUUUAUCUUUCAAAUUAAAAGAACAUCUUUGUGAAAAUUCAGAAAUUUUAGUAAUAGCCUGUGUGCCUCCCUCUGAAUACUACAUCAACGAAACGAUAAAGGUAUUAGAUUGUGUUAAUCAAGUCAGAAAUAUCAAAUAUAAAGCUGUAAUAAGUCAGGAGCCUGGUUGGUACGAUAUAGAAUAUUUACAAAGUCUCGUUAUAAAACUUAGAGACGAAAUUAAAAAUUUAAGAGGUGAUAACAUGAUUGAAAAUUUAGAAGUAGAGUUUCAACAUCUUCAUAAAAUUUAUACUGAAAUGUCUCAAGUUUUAUUAGGUGAUAUAAGCAACAAUGAAUCACUAUCAAAAUAUCUAGCUUUGCUCAAUGCUAAUGAUCAAAAAGAAUUCAUAGAAAAUCUUUGGCCUAGUUUUGAAAAAACGGUCAAACCAAUUAUACAAGAUUAUGAAAAAUCUAUUUGUUCUCUCGAACAACAAUUGAACAAUGCCCGUGAGACCUUAACCAACUCUGAAUCAACAAUACAAGUUCGAGAAUUAAAAUUACACGAGACUGAAAAAGCAAAUGAAAAAAAUAAAAUUUUAAUAAAUGAGAUUAAAUCAAAAUUGACAAAAUUAAUUGAGCAUGAAGAAACCACGGAAUCAUACAUAAAAAAUCUUGAAAUUAGGCUCAACAUAGAAUCUUCUCAACAAAUUAAAGAUUUGAACGUGAUUGAGGAACUUCGGGUGAAACUUGAUGACUUUGAAAAUUCUGAAGAAAAUAACGAAAUUUUGAUCAAUCAAUUAGAAUCAAAAUUGGAAUCAACUCAAAACUCUGCUCGUGAAAUAUUGGAUAAAUCCUUGACUUUGGAAAAAUCUUUACAAGAAAAAGAUAAUGAAUUUAAUAUAUUACAAGAGAGGAUCGAGAAACAAAUGAAUAUUGAUACAGAAGAGAAGCAAUGGUUAUUGGAUGAGAUUACCGAACUCACUCAUAAUAAAUUAUUACCACCACUUAUAAAUACAUCGAAUUUAUCAAAUAUUAGGCCUAUUAUAAAUUUAAAUGGUAAAGAGGUUUAUGAUAUAGAUGAUGACAGUUAUAAUAACGAGUUUUUACCAUCAGUUACAACCUUAGAAUCGAGAUUAAAUGAGCUACAAAUAACUCAUGACAAAACUAUUGCCGAGCUUAAAGAAAUUAAACCUAGAUAUGAGCAAUGUUAUCCAAAAACCAGAUCUUUAUCAGUAGAAAUUCAAGGUGCUGAAAAACAAGAGUUAACAAGCUCUCUGGUUAUUCAAAAGUUACAAAUUGAAUUAAGACAAUUGGAAACAUUACAUCAAGAUAAAGCUCAAGGCUUAGAAAAAGUUAAACAAGAAUUUGCUAGAUUGGAAAUCAAUUAUAGAGAAACUUUGGAAAUUGUUGAAGAAUUACGUGAAGAGAUUAAACGUCGUGAUGCAUUGGCUCAAUUGGAAGUUAUGUCUGUGAUAGCAUCGUCUGAUUAUGCUUAUACUGAUGGUGGUUAUUCUCCUACAAGUAGUGAGGCCAAUCAACAAGAUAUUGUGCAAAGGCUCAGAGAAGAAGUUGAUAUGCUUAAAGAAGAUCAACUAAGAACUAUCGAAUUGUUGGAAGUAGAAACCAAUCAAAAUCCAAAAGCCAAUGACUCACGCUUAAGAUCAUUACAAAUUGUUGUAGAAUCAGAACGAAGAAAACAACAAGAGAAACGAAGUUCUCUUUCAAAAUUAAAGGAAUCCGGCGAGAAUGAAGUGACAAAACAAUUGAAAGAUUAUAUUGAAAAACUUCAGCAAGAGAUUGAAACUAAAAGAAAAUUAUUGGAAUUACAACAAGAUUUAAAUUUAAAAUCAAAUUUAAUAGAUGAUUUACAAAUAGAAAAUGAUGCAAUAGAUGAGAUUAGAGAACAACUUGAAAUUGUCAAAUUAGAUGUUCAACAAAAAUAUGAUUUAAUAGAAAUUUUGAAAAAAGAUUUACUAAAUAAAACUUGGUUAGAACAAAAGCUCAAGCAAAAAGAGAUUCAAGCUUUAUUAUUCAAAAACAAGUUGAUCCAAGUUCAUAAAGAAGAAGAAGACUUGAAGAAUGAAAUUAGAAAGUUACAAAUGAAAUUACAACAAUUAGAAAAUGGCGAUGAUGUGGAUCAAUUGUUAAAGCAAGAACUGGAAAGUUUAAAAGCUGAGCUGAAACAAGCAAGCGAGAGAGAAUCUUUAGCACAAGAAAAAUUACGAAAAUUAAAGACCAACUCGUUGAUCUCCAAUCAAGAUCAAAUACAACUUGAAUUACAACUAGGAAACUUACGUAAUAACGAGAUCAUACAAAGAGAACGUAUUAAUGUUUUAGAAUCCAAGAUUUUAGAAAAAGGUGUACAAUUAGACGAAUACUUGUUACAAUUGAAGAAUGAUUUAACAAUCACAAAAGAAUCCAAAAUAAAUUAUAUUCAAACCAUAGAAAAUUUAGAAAUAGAAUUAAAUAAAGUUGAAAAUUUGACUCAAUUUGAGAAACUCGCAUCAGAAUUACAAGACUUAAAAGUUAGAGAAACAAAACAAUUAGAAAUAAUAAAAAAUUUAGAGAGUUAUCUAAACAACCAAAUGAAGAUAUCCAAUGAUUUUGAUCAAUUCCAAAAAUUAUUUGAAGAAAUCAAAGAUUUGCUGUAUAAAAAUAAUGCCAAUGAUGACAAUUCAUGGGAUCAAGAAAAACAAGUUAUGGAAUUAAAGAAUUCUGAAUCAAGUCUAAAAAAAAUCAUUCAAGAUUUGGAAUUCAAGAUUACAACAACGCAAGAAGAAAUACAAUUAUAUAGUUCAAUGAAAGAAGAAGUUGAUAUGUUGAAGAAUCUUGAGAUUCAACAAAAAUCUCAAAUAGAAGAAUUAAAAUUGCAACUUGAUAUAAUCAAAGCUUCAAAAAAUGCAGUCAACAAAGAAUUAGAAAGAUUAAAACAAGAAUUUAAUCAACAAUCAAAUAUAAUGGAGUCUUUAGAGACUGAUUUAAAAUUUUUAAAAAUAGAACUGGAAAAAACUAAAGAAAGUGCUAAUGAAAAAACUUUGGAGUUAGAAGAAGUUUCUAAUUUGUUGUCUGAUGUUCAGAAAUCCUAUGAAGAUGAAAGAAAGAAAGCAAAUACAUUGGGAAUUGAAUUUGAAAUAUUAAAACUUAGUGGCAACAGUAGUAGUAGUGGUGUUAGUAACGAUGCUAGAAUAACGAAUUUGACGGAUGCCUUAACUAAAGUUAAACUCGAAAGAAUGGAACAAGAUGAUCUUUUGUCUGAAUUAGAAAAACAAUUAAUGACUGUUGAAAAAGAUAGAGAUGCUCAAAUGCAAAUCUCAAACGAGCUAAAAGAAGUAAUCGAAGAACAAGAGGCUAACCACCAAGAAAUUGUUUUGGAACUUGAAACAAAAUUACACAAUUUAGAAGAAGAAUUGGUAAAAUCACAAGAUUCAACAAUCAUUAGCAGAGAAAUCAUAACAAGUUUGGAAGAAAAAUCGCUUAGGAUACAAUCUUUGUUGGAAGAAACAAAAAAUUCUGAUAAGAAAAAUUCUAUUUUAAUUAAAGACCUAGAAUUCAAGUUGCACAAAGCCAAUAAUAUCCUAAAAGAGAAAGAGAAUCAAUUGUCAAGUCAAGAUAUACACAUUUAUGAGUUGGAAGCAUUAAUACAAAAAACUCAACUAGAAAUUGGGCAUGCAAAAAGAUCAGAAUUGGAAGCUAGUAAGAAUGUUAAGGUGUUAAAUGCUAAAAUCACAGAGGUCAACCAAUUAUUAUUACAAAAUGAUCCUUCGAUAACAGAUCUUGAAAACGCCAGAAAAUUAGCAUCAGAACAAUCCAAGCUAGUAAAACAAUUAGAGGCUAGACUUAGUUUGACAGCUAAUCAUGAAGAGGGUGAUAGGAUAGAUGAGAUUGUUUCAGGAAUGAGGUUAGAGUUGGAAGAAGCACGAAAUUCCGAAAUCACAAAAUCUAAAUUGAUUAAAGAAUUAGAAGGCACAUUGGAAUGCAAGAAUUAUAAUAUUAAAGAGUUAGAAAUGGCAAUUAAUAAUUCAAAAAUGGAGCUUGAAAAGGUUAAAGGGUUGGAAUCAAAACAUUUGAAUUUGAUCAAAAAGUUAGAGUUCAAACUUCAAGAAAUUGAAUUGAAACGUAAUGAUGAACUUACUAACUUGCACGUAGCUAAUAAAGAAAUUGAUUCGUUAAAGAAUUAUUGCAAGGAAUUACAAAAACAAAUCGAAGAACCUCAAAAUAAUUCUGUAAAUAAAAAUGUUGGAAGUCAAGAAAUUACUGGGGAUUUAAAUCAUCAACUUAAACGAGCAAAUGGACAAAUUAAAACAUAUUUAAAACAAAUAUCCGAGUUACAAAAAAUUAUUCAAGAACUUAAAUUAGAAAAAUAUGUAAAGAUCGAAGAAAAUUCUGAAUUAAUAGAUGAAGUAAAUAAACUUCAACAAGAUUUAGAUUUAUUAUCUAAAAAAUUUUCUAUUUCAUCUUCCAAAUUCGAAAGCUUUGAUGAAUUAGCAAGAAGACAACAACUUAGAAUAGAAGAAUUGGAAAUAAAACUGAAAAAAGCUGAAAAAUUGAACCAAGCUAUAUCAAUCCGAUUAUCUAAUCCAGAAUUUGUUAAGCUUACUGCUACAUAUGAAAGUUUAAGGACUAUAAAUAAUAAUCUUAAUUCAAAGGUCACGGAUUUAAAUGCACAUGCCAGUAAAUUAAUUGAGAAAAAUAAAACUUUACAAAAUGAAUUAACCAGCUUUAUCAAUAUGAGCGAUAAACCAACAUUCAAUGAAAUGAAAGAAAAAAUCAAAGAAUUAGAAUUGGUAAAAGAAGAAUUAGAGGAAAUAAACAAAAAAUUCUUCCAAGAAUGUGUAACACUCGAUCAGAAGAUUCAAACUUUAAUGGAACAAUCAUGGUCAGUAAACCAUAAUGAAAAUUCACAUAUAGGCACACAUUUGUCUGAAUUAAAUGAUCAAAUAACCAUUAAAGAAAACGAUCUUUUAAGUUUAAAACUUAAAACAUCGAAGGAGUUCAUUCAAAUGGAAAGUGAAGUUGCUAGACUUCUUAACGAUAAUGAAAAUUUUAAACAACAAUUAAAAGAAUGGAGCUUAAUAAAUUCUAAAAAAUCAAAUUCAAAUGAUAACUUGUCUGGUCAAUAUUCUAAAGUGAUACAACAAGAAUCCACGAUAUCACAACAAUCAGUCACGAUUAAAUCUUUACAAAAAACUAUUUCUGAUUUGGAAAGGCAAUUAUAUGAGGUCACAUCAGGAACAAAUUUUAGUCCAGGAACAGCAGAAUCCCUGUUAGAAAUACAAAAAUUACAUAAAAAGAUAAUAAAAAUCGAAGCAGAAAGUCUACAAAACAAACAAUUAGUUGAAACCUUGGAGAGUUCAUUGAACGAUAAUGAGACAAGUCUUGAAACAACAAAACAAGAAUUAUCUGCAGUACAAACUCAAAAGAAUGAACUUAUGAACCAAAUCAAAGUUCUAAAUGCUCAAUUAACUCAGGCAAUUGAAGAAGUAGAUAAAACCAAAAUGAAUGUUAAAACUGAAAAAUUAUUUAUGGAAAAGAAUUUGGAAGAAGAAAGACAAGCAAAAGAACGUUCAGAGGCUGCUAGAAUAGCAUUGGAACGUCAAUUAGAAAGAUUACUGGCCAAGAAACAUAAAUUUAUGUGUUUCUAA